AACAAGCCGUCUGCUCACAUUGAAGCUGCCAGGAAAUACGUAGUGGUCUAUCACGCCAAACAAAGUAUUUUAUUUUAUGCUUCCCAUUAGUCCUCCCUGCCACCUUUGUUCAACAUACUAUCAUGUCGAGUCUGCCAAAGUUCAAAAAUAAAAUCGACCGAAUUACAAUUAAUGCCAUAUAAUCAGAUUUAGGUUACUCUUGUAUAACGGAUCUUAUAGAUAAAACGAAGCAGUAAAACCACAUUGCUACAUGGAAAAAGACACAUCGUAGAAACAUUAACUUUACUUUAAGGACUACUAGAAAGCUACUACUAACAAAACUAGCAAUUCGUCGUCUAUUUCUUUUUAAAGUAUGUUACUUUAUCUUAUCUCUUAGUUAUCUCAAUCAAGAGAGCUGAAGCCUUGAUAAAUACCCCCCCUCCCUGAAAAGGGAAAUGUGCCUCAGUGAAAAUCACCCGGAAUUAUUGCAUCACUUUUAAUUCAUCUUCUAGUGAUCAAAGACUGGUCUGUCAGUGCCCCGUUCAGCCAUCUUGCAGGUUGUAUGAAGUACCAUGAUGGAAAACUGACUGUGCCUAUCCAAGGGCGAUACUAUAUUUACCUGCAGGCCUACUACCAUACCACUGGAAGGAUUCUUAUGAGGGUAAACGGCAGAGCGAUAACCAUGAUUCAGAUCCCUGAGAGGAGCGGCGAAGGUAACGCGUACGUAGGCGGGAUUUUCAACCUGAAAGCUGGUGACGUCAUUACGAUGACUUCGGCUGGGAACAACUUGAGACUUUACAUGGACACCGUGAAUACCUACUUUGGCGCCUAUUUGAUCUAA